GGGAGACAAAGCCAAAUAUGCAUGUGAUAAUGAAGUAAAGAAUUUAUGCUUCAGGUUUAAUAAAGCAUGACAAGCAUCAUAAUAACAUAAGGUAAAAAUUAAUGAAUCUGAAUUUUUCACAAGGAAAUAAAGGCAGAAGAAAUACAAAACCUGUUAUUUUUCAACUAUCUUCUGAAAAUAAGGUACAUUAUAGGCACAGAAUAUUUUUAAUAAGGCUAUCCAGUGACAAGAAACUAGUUAUUGAAUGACGGAAUUUAAAUUUGGCUUCUUUGUAGAUAGAGCAUGAUUCACCAUGAACUACUGGUUAAAGUAUUAUAUUUUUGCCAGUUGUCAAGAAAUAGAUGAUAAAGAGAUGAUAAGCAAUUACAAAGUUACAUUUUAUACCAUUAAGUAUAUCAACAUCAUGUGGUGCAUACAUACCAGAAGGCACUGCCUGACAAGAAUCACUAUGCAAAAGAUUAAGAGAUAGCCCCCAAUACAAAUGGCCACAAUUGCAACAACUGGAAAUGAUUCAUUUGCUGUAACUAUUGCACCUGUUGUUGGCUGAAAUAUAAGAGAGGAAUUUUACAGAAAAGCAAAAAUGCUAAGGCAUAACAAAGGGCAUUCUGCUAUGCAGGUUUCAGCUAGGCAGGCCAUCCUGGUCAAGUAGGCUUGCUUAAUGUGGAAAUGUUGCAUAAAACACCCCUUCAUAAAAUAGCAAAGAAAAAAGCUAGGCAAGCAAGGAAGCAAGCAUGCGAGAAGGAACAGACAACCAGACAGGCAUACACAUCAGAAGGAAACAGGCAAGCAGGCAAGCAGGCAAGCAGGCAAGCAAACAAGUUGGAAGCAAACAAGUGGGAAGUGAACAAGUGGAGAGCAAGCAAGUGGACAAACAAGCAAGCAAAAAACAAAUCAAACAAGAGUUUAUGGCUAUAGUAGUCUUACAACUUGUGCCCUCUCCUUCUCUAGAUGAAUAUUCUAAAGCAAUUACCCUGGGUACUAACCACUAAAGGAUGGACAGCUAGUUGGCAGUAGGUCAGACUUUAAAGUUUGGUCUUUGCUGAGAACAUGUUCCCCAUGUAACAACUUUCCUCUUCAUUUUGCCUGUGCAUUGUUAAGAAUUUGCAUGAAGUCUGUGCAUAAUAAUUGUUUUCUGGUUAUGUUACCUAAGAUCAUCCUACCAUUUUUUGCUUUUUGCUUCUGAUAACAAGAAAAAACCAAGAAAAAGAUUAUUUCCAAUGUCUUUGCUACAACAUUCGUACACGAUCUUUCAUGGAACUUUCAUUAUAUGAAAAUUUGAAUUUUAUGGUUCUGGCAUUCCCUGUGCAGAAAAAAUAGCUUUACAGUCUGGGCAGCGGGCAUAAUGAAUAUAAUAACUUAGUAGGGGACCUAAAAAUGCACACAGUACUAUGAGUCUAGUUUGCAUCCCUUUAUUUUCUUUGGUAGUAAUUUCAAAAGUGUUUGAGGUGCAUUAGUCCGGAGAAAAAAAUAUUUGAAGAAAGAACAGGCCUUGCCCGGAAAGGCGCUCGAUCGAGCGCGCGCGCCUAGAGCGCACCCAAAAAAAGCCUUGGAGAGCGAUUUAUAGAGCCCCUCAAAACGUAAAAACAAUAUUAACACGGAGCAAAAUAAAUUUUUGGAAUUUGUUGAAUCAACUUGAUCAAGCAUAAACAAUCUUCCCAACAGACCGCAAUAUUAUGAUUUGCGUAAGAUUACCCCUUGAGAAAAAAUUCAGCAAAUUCAACGUUGGGUUUUCAAUAUCAUUUUUUUUCUAAUAACCCUCUAAUAACCAUCGAGGACACAGGCCAUCAAGCGUAUUCUCCGGCAGAUUUAUUUGAUUUUCGAGCAAGCGUUAAUCUUCUAUUGAGGUAUAUAUUAUUUUCAGUUUUUUUAAUAACUUAAAAGCGCCUGUGCAAAUCAGCGAUCACGUUUCCGUCCAAAUUAUCGCAUUGCUUUUCAUUUGCUUUUGCAAGUAGUAGAUGUUCUAGCGUUUCUUAUAGAAUGGAUAACAUGAAAAAAGGAAACAAAGUUAAAUGUUCGAUUUAAAGCCAUGCGCUUUGAUGAAGCAAUAUGUGAAGCUGAACAUAACAGUAGUGAUACUGACACUGAUAAAAGCUCAUCAAUGAUGGCAACUUACAUAUCUAGAAAAAUCUGAACAAUUUUGCGAUUUUGUUUUAUUAUAUUUCUAUAUUUAUAUUAACAUAGUGUUUGUUGCAUGUUUUGUUAUUUCAUAUUAUGGUGCUUUCUGGUAUCACCGUUGAAUUUCAUAUUUAACAUUCUUCCGAAGCUUUCAAUAUGAAGCUCUCGAUCUCCUAAAGCUCUCGAAGGAUGCUCUCAAGGAAAUUUACUUAGAGGUGCGAAAUAGAGCGCCUAGAGUUUCUAAGGGGCUCUUUUUAUGGAGCACCUUCAUUUUACUUAGAGCAAGGCCUGAAAGAAAAUGCUGAGUGCUACACCCCUUGGCAACACUUGCAGAAUCUGCUAAAAAUCAGUUUCUGCUAAAAAUCUCAGUUUAUAUCUGAAAUGAACUAAGAUUUUUAGCAGAAACUAAUAAGGCUGCAUGCUGUACCUUGUAGAUUCUUUAGUUAGACAUGCUGGUUUAAGCAGGGCUCGUAGUUCGUUUAAAUCGGUUUUGAUGAAUUGGUUCUAGGCCAGCCUUGAAUUUAGUCGCGGAGGCUUUGACCUGGACCACUCUUAAAGCAUAUGAACAGCUCUUACGAUAAAAAAUUGUCAUAAUUUUAUUCAUAUUGUAAGCAACACUCGAUCGAUUGCGCUUCACAAAGCAGUUCAUUUGUUGACUGUGGUGUUUGAUGAACACUUACAAUUAAUGUUGGCGCCAUGAUGAAAAUUUACAUUCGCACGGUCCAUAACACUUUGAAUAAAUAUAACAUCACGCUGGACAAAAACCUGUUCUGCAGCAAAUCAACGAUAUUCUUGGCUUUUAAAUUCCAGUACCCUGAUGCCAAAAACAACUCAAACUUGAUGCAUUGCAGCAUUGUGGAGCCAUAGCAAUAGCAAUAGCUACUUGCAAUUCGAAGUCUCCUUCUGAGACCGAGUUUGAAAGACGAUCUCAAGAAAAGAUGGCGGCAACAACAAAUUUGACAACAACGCUUUGCAAGUCCUUCAAAUACCCGAUUAUUGUAAUUCUUGGAAGUACUGGAGUAGGAAAAACAAAGCUAAGUAUAGAACUUGCUAAAAAAGUUGAUGGGGAGAUAAUAAGUGCAGAUUCCAUGCAGGUUUACAAAGGUUUAGACGUUGUCACUGCUAAAGCUACCCAGGCAGAGAGAGCAGAAAUCAAACACCAUAUGAUCGAUAUGGUAAACCCACUAGACAGUUUUAGCGUUGUAGAGUUUCGAAAUAUGGCCUUGCCAAUCAUCAGUGACAUAUCGUCAAAAGGAAAAGUGCCAAUCAUUGUUGGUGGAACAAACUAUUACAUCGAAUCUCUUUUAUGGAACAUUUUGGUUACGGAGGAUUCAGGGAACCAAAAAACAUUAGCCAGCGAUUUGGAAGACACUUCUCCAAAUCUCUCCAAAAUUGACUUUGAAGUUUUGAAAGACCAGUCAAUUUACAAGUUUCUUCAAAGUAUUGAUCCUGUUGCUGCAUCCAAAGUUCAUCCAAAUGACAGUAGGAAAGUGAAAAGAAAACUGGAAAUAUGGAAGGCAACUGGAAAAAAGCCAAGUGAUGUAAUUGUUGAACAACAGUCUUUAGAUGGAGGCGACCAUCUUGGAGGGCCUUUGAGGUUCACAAAUUCACUUGUUUUC